AUGAGAGCUCGUCUCAAAGCCAUUCCUCCCGUCGAUAUCAACGGGUGCAUUGGCUGUUUUUGCUCACUCUUAGAGCCAACAGCAAAAGGUUUCGAUCUACCCGAGCUACUCAAGACAAUGCCAAACGAAUACCGAGGAACCAACUCCCAGGGCAACCAGUACACGGUCACUGACCGAGGCUACUACUACAACAACAGCAACGGAAGCCACUACGCCAAUGAAGGCAACCAUGAGCACUACGUCUCGGAUAAUCGAACCUGGCACUACAACUCCAACACCGACUCCUACUCCAGCGGACGUCACUACGCCAACACCAACCGACGCUAG